UUGAUAUGUAUAUAAAUUAUGUCUCAAACGCAUUUGCCAUUAUUGUGUUUUUCAAAGUUGUCAGGCACGGUGUGAAAAUAAACAGCUAAGCAAUGAAACAAUUGGCGUGUAUUCUGAUCGCAUUAGCGAUUGUAGGUGUCUACGGAGAGGAUCCAGAGAAAUUAGUAGGUGGGACAUCCACCAAAAUAGAGGAUCAUCCGCAUUGUGUUUCCAUACAAAUAAAAGGCCAACACUUUUGCGGUGGUAGCCUAAUCAGUAAAAAACAUGUCCUAACUGCCGCGCAUUGCAUAGAAAGUCUGAACUCUAAUCCCUUUUUAAAACUAUUUUUGACCGUUGUUACUGGUACAACCUACUACAAUUCAGGUGGAGAACAUCAUAAAGUGAUAAAAUAUAAGUAUCAUCCUAAAUAUACCAAGGAUGUAACAAUCAAGGGUGGUUAUGACAUUGGUAUGCUUGAGUUGGCUGAAGAAAUCCAGAUCAACGAAAAGCAAAGGCCAGUUAAGUUGCCAACAAAGGAUUUGUCGAAGGGUGACGAAGUUGAAAUAGUAGCUUGGGGAUCUCAAGGUUACAGAAAAAACGUACAUAAGGAUUUGCGGAAAGUGGGCGCUCGUGUCAUACUUUCGGACGAGUGUCAAACUUAUCAGGGAGAUACUACGACUAUUACCUCGAACGAAUUCUGCACCCUCGUCGAAAAAGGAAUUGGAGCUUGCAAUGGUGACAGUGGUAGCGGAGUGAUUCGAAUCAGCGAUGGAUGUAUCGUUGGUGUGGUAUCUCGUGGAGUACCGUGUGCCGAAGGUUAUCCAGAUGUAUUCACUACUGUCCUUUCUUAUCUCCCUUGGAUUGAAGAAAACAUGUCGGCCUAAUAUUAUCCUUCUUCAUGUAUUGUAUAUUAUUAAUAUUUAAUAAAAGUCAUUGAGAAAAUAUA